GCCUCACUAUGCAUGCAUCAGUUGAGGGUGUGAACUGUGAAACUCUGACGGUCAUUAGUAAUAGUGUAGCUGACAUUCUUCCUCUGGCUGAUCUUCAACACACAGAGCCAAAGACCAUGUUCAACUAGAAUCUCCUGCUACUGGCCCUCCAAUCCUGACGACUCCACACGACUCAGCAGCUAGAGUGGCGCUAUGGGGAAUGUGAUGUGGGGACGGGGAGCUGGGGACAAAACAAAUUCAAACUACCAUGACAGUGCAUUAAAGGAAGGAGAAGAUGACACACUUGUAGUUCUCCAUGACUAUCCUUCUCCAGACAUCAGUGAGCCGAUCUUUAGGAUGGGAGAGAAGCUGAGGGUCUUGUCUCAGGAAGGCAACUGGUGGAGAGUCCGGUCUGUCCAAUCAGGAAGUGAGAACUACAUCCCUAACAACCAUACUGCCAAAGUCUACCAUGGAUGGCUGUUUGAGGGAGUAGUGAGGCAGAAGGCAGAGGAACUACUUAGUCUCCCUGAAAACAGAGUGGGUUCCUUCAUGAUCAGAGAGAGCACCCAGCAGAGAGGUGUCUACUCCAUGUCUGUAAAGCACAGAUCCAUCCAGCACUAUAAAAUCUUUCGCAUGGAGAACAGCUGGUAUUAUAUCUCUCCUCGUCUGACUUUCCAGUGCUUGGAAGAGAUGGUAAACCACUACUCUGACUCUGCAGAUGGUCUGUGUUGUGUUCUCACUGGCCCGUGUCUGUCUAGGACUAUCAGCCCCAUAGACAUCACCUCUCAGCCACCCCCUGUAGCGAUGCGACACAACAACUUUGACUGGAAGAAAAUAGACAGGAAAGAUCUGAUCAGCGCAGGGGCUGCGCAGGGCCAGGAGAACAGGAAUGCCAUGGUGAGCUACGGUGUCAGAAACAGCAUGGCCUCUUACCUCUCUCUGGUCGGGGAUCAUGACCCAGGACAGCAGAAGAAGAACCGGAAGAAGAAGAGCAAAUCUGUCUGUGUGAUCCCCGACCACAGCCUCAGCCAUAUGGACUUAGAUGAGGACUAUGAUAUGUAGUGGCCUGGAUGGUGCAACACUUAGUUCUGCAAACCCCAGCACACAUAUAUAACCUAGGCUAGUGGUUCCCUUUCAGUCAGUUAACUUCGGUACAACAUAUUAAAGGGGAGUUGCACUCUCGCUUCUUCGGUUGAAGGAUGUAUAAUCACGCCUGACAAGGCCAAUGAAAUCCACACCUCACUGGAAGUCCCGCCUUCCACAGGUGAUAAACGUGAGGCUCAGAUUCAUUCCUUCAAUUUAAUACCACUUUUCACCGAGCACAGGAAUAGGUGGUGCUGGGCCAAACAGGUGUUGUACCUCAUUUCCCUCCUUCAGGGAACAGUAAUUAUAGUCAUAACGUUACAUUUUCUUUCAGUCAGUCAACACACUAUGGGGAAAUAUUAUCACACCCCAAGCCGAGAUGAGCUAGCUAUUACUAGCUAUUCCUGCCUCGCCACGGUGGAGUUGCUGGGGUAGCUCUCUUGUUUAGUAUUCAUACUGUUAAGUUGCUUGGUGAUUCUAAACGGACUCGCUGCUAUCAAAGAGGCUAGCUAGCCUGGCUUAAGCUAAGUCUCUGUCCACAAGUGGGUGCCCCUCCCUCAUUACUGAGAUGCAUUGCUGAUUCCUGCCUGUAGCUCAGUAGUCCCUAUGAGGUGUCUAGUUGAGGUGCAGAUCUUUUAUCCAGGUGGGGCCCUCUCUCUCAGGAGUGGAGGGUUCACCCCUGGGUGGUCUCCCUAAUAUGGGAAAUGUUCAGCAGGGCCGACGUAGAUCUUUAAGCAUUACGAGAAAACGAUGAGGGAUCCGAGUGACCUGUUGGGAACGGGCGCUCUGGCACACCAGUGGCCUUAGAUCCUCCUUUACACGUUUCCGCCAGUGGUUCUGAUUCAGCCCACAUUGGAGAGGGUGCGCCGGGAAGGUUUAUCAUUGAAACUUGUAGCUCCCUGUGGCUCAGGCAGCCUUGGUUCAUGGAGAUUGUUAUUGUUUGCCUUUUAGGCGGAGACCCAUGGCAACUCCUGGCAGCGCAGGGAUCUGUUGUUCCAGACGCACGGGCAGGUUUGGCACGCGAGGCCUGAGAUUUGGUUACUAUGGACCUGGCCCCUGAGAGGGCUGAUCUGAUGGCUAGAGGUUUACCGCUGAAUGUUAUUGCUAACAUUCAGUCAGCAAGUGCUCCCUCCAUGAGAGGGCUGUAUGAGUAUAAGUGGCAAGUGUUUGAGCUCUGGUGCCAAGAUAAAGGGCUGGUUCAUUUUCAGGGCUCUGGGAAAUACGUAUGUUUCUACAGGAGCUUUAAAAGCAUUCUCCACUUUAAAAGUAUAUAUGACCGCUAUCUCAGCAUGUGGGAAUUGACUGAGCCUCACCAGGUGCUCACCCACUGGUGUUGCAGUUCCUGUAAGGUGUACACCCUUCCUGUACUCAGUUCGCCCCGGUCGACUCUAAGGUGACUUUGUGUCCAAAUGUGGCCUUUGCCCCAAAAGUAAUGGCCAUGCCCUACAAGUCCUUAGCUUUUGAGGUGUUUCCCUUUUUGCCUCCUCCAUUUGCUUCUGAAGAGCAACAGAGGUUACAUGCCCUGUGUCUGGUGCAAGUUCUACGCACAUACAUUGAACAACCUGGGAUAUCUGGUUGUGUGACCAGCUUUUUGUCUGUUUUGCUAAUCCAGCUCAGCUGCAGGGCACUCUGGGAGCAGUGUCUCUCCCACUGGAUUGUGGAGGCUAUCUCCUGCCAUAAAACAGCAAGGGACAAGGGUUACCUAGUGGAGUACGCACCCACUCCACCAGGGGGCUGGCAGCAUUUUGGCCGUUGUUUAAAGGGUUGACUACAGGAGAUAUUUGUGCGAGUUGGGCAUCACCACACACUUUUGUAAGGUUUUAUCACUUGGAUGUCACUAAUCCCAGUGUAGCCCACAGGGUGCUUACAGCUGGGACAGUGGAAAGUCACUAGGCGGGUCUUCCAGCGAGGUGCGGAUUUCAUUGGCCUUGUCAGGUGCAAUUGUAUAUACGUCAACCAAUGUCGAGAGAGUGAGACUCCACAUUGUAUGUUGUACCUUAUUUCCCUCCUUCAGGGAACCGUAGUUAUAGUCAUAACGUUACAUUCUCAAACUUCUCCUCAGGGACCCCCAGACUUUCCAUGUAUUUUAUCUAUUCUAGAGCUAGCACACCUGAUUACACUUUUCAACUUAUCAACAUGCCCUUGACUAGGUGAAUCACGUGAGCUAGUUCAGGGCUGCAACUAAAUUGUGAAACAUCUGGGGGUCCCAGAGGAGAGAUUUGAGAAGUGCUGGCAUGAGUUUGAAUCUGAACCACUGCCCUUCUCAACUACUGCUAUCUUUCCUGUCUCCUCUUCACUGUCCUAUCUAAAUAACAAAAAGCACACAACAAAUAUGUUUAAAAGAAGGACUAAGAGACUUAGAGGCCAGCUACUCUAUUUAGGAUAUUAACAUCUGUUAUGAGAUACUAUUUUUCCUCCAAAGCACACAUUUGUCCUUAUCUGAGCCUUUGGGAUUGAUCUGAGAAGGAAUUUCCCGUGGGGUAAAUCAACUGUGAAUUUGAAGUCCGUCUGGAAUCCAGAGCACUGACCGAGUGUCCUGCCAGAGUACAAAACAUGUUAGCGUCAUGACAGUUGAUCGAUGUAAGACUUGAAUGCUAUGUUAUGGAUGUCUACUGUGUGCAAAUGUGUAAUUUAUGGAUGUGUGUGUCUGUCAGCAUGUCAAUGUAAAUUGUUACAGUUUCAGAACCUUUUGCCUAACCCUUGCAAACUGAUUUCAGUUGAGUGUACAAGUUGCUCAUAUAAAUAAAAGUUCAUUCUCAUAUUAA